AUGGCAGCUGCAUCCCAGACUGCCCGAACCUCGUCCCCGUCCUCCAACAUGUCCUCCCCCAAGGACAGCAAAAAUAGUCUCACUGUCGUGACAAAGUCUGAAGUAGAGCCUGUGGCGUCAGAGUCAUCUCCCAAAGCACAGCCUGCUACCACGGAAGCAGUCAGCUCUACCGACACAAAGCCCACGACAUCCAAUGCCCAGCCAUUGGCUCCUCCACCAAAACCAGCGCCCGCAACCACUGGCGAUACACCCGAUUAUUUCAACACGGUACACAACCCCUUCUCACUUGAGCCCAACGUUUUCGAGCAGUCCUUUGGAGGCGACUCUGGAAACCUACAGACUCCUGGAGGCCGCCCCAUUCUCCCCCCAGUCGCCAACAUUACGUCACCUUCACCCCUUCCUGGCAUCACACCUGGGUGGCAGGGCUUGCGUGCUGGUCCCCUGAGUCCUGCUAUGCUCAGCGGUCCAACUGGACAAACUGAUUACUUUAGCGAGUCAUUCAGAGGUUUCCCGACACCAAACGAGUCCUCUCUUCGUACUGGUCUCACGCCUGGCGGAGGCGGUUCUAUGUUCCCAGCCCCCAGCCCCAACACACAAGCUAUUUUCAAUCUUCAGAGCGCUGGUGUCACGCCUGGAACUGCCGAUUUCCAGCAGUCUGCUUUGCGCGCGGCUGCCCAGCACCAGGCUAACAACAGCAACACUAACAAGGCAACGUCCAACGCCCCUACGUCCCAGCCCGAAGCCGCACCUGCUGUAAUGGAUCGCCAAACCAACAGCUAUCAACAGGCACAACCGCCCCAACAGCGCGCUCAUAAUGAACCCUAUCCCAAUCAUGACGUCAGUAGCGCGGCUAACGACCUCUUGUCUUUUGCUAGUCAAAACGGUGCUGCCCGUAACAACCAACAGCCCUACUCGAUGGCGCCUCAGCAGCAGUCCAUGAACGCUGGUCACAUGCCUGUCCAACCUGUCAAUGCCAACCACAGCCGUCGUGACACCAAGGGCUCUAUUAACAGCGUUCAAUCCGCAGAGACUGGAGAUUUCUCAGAGAGCGGCCAGACUGCCGGUAACAAGCGAAAGGCUGAGGACGGCCCCAAGAACUCGCGAAAGAAGAGCAACGCCAACCAAGGCAUGGGUGACGACAUGGAUGAUGGCGACUCCGACGAUGAGAACAACAACAUCAAGGAGGAGGAGUAUGACAGCAAGGGCCGCAAGAUGACCGACGAGGAGAAGCGCAAGAACUUCCUAGAGCGUAACAGGGUUGCUGCCCUCAAGUGUCGACAACGCAAGAAGCAGUGGCUCGCCAACCUUCAGGCCAAGGUCGAGCUUUUUAGCACAGAGAAUGACGCCCUCUCUGCCACUGUCACCCAGCUUCGCGAAGAGAUUGUCAAUCUCAAGACACUUCUCCUUGCUCACAAGGACUGCCCAGUGUCACAGGCCCAAGGUCUGCACGGCGCUGCCAUGAACAACUUCCUUGGAAGUGAUAUUAACCACCAAAACCCAUAUGGCAUCGCUCAAAUGCAGCCCAAUGGUGUCCACAUGAUGCCCAUGCAGCAAGGCCAGAUGAUGAACCGGUUCGUAUACCCACCCAAUCGAAACACCUCACCCCACCAAGAAGAUACCGCUCGUUACCCCUCCAAUUACUGA